AUGAACUUCAGCAGCAUGGACUUCAACAACAUGAACUUCGAGACCGACGACUUCGGCAUCACCCCUGAGGAUCUCGAGCGCUAUCGCCAGUGGCAGACCAUGCUGCAGCAGCACAACGACAGCUGGAACAUUGGUCCGAACUCACCCUUUGCAGCGCCACUCCCAAUUGACCCUGCUCUUGAGCGCAAUGUCAUGAUGCGUCACGCCAUGAACAACCCCGUUGCUGCUCCUCACGUCCAGCAGAACAUCCAGCCUGCCCCCGUUGCCGUUCAGGAACCCAUUGCCCAGGGUAUCCAGAACAACGUCGGCUCUGAGAUUGUCUUCCCUGCUUUCGAACCCGUCCACCUCGAUACCAACCAGCUCGCCAACAUCGCCUCCGCUGACCUCGCUAAGAUCGAGCAAGCUGCCGACUCUGACCACAACACCGACAUUGCCUCCUACGACGAGGAUGACGUUGACGCCGAGGGCGAGCCUGCCGACUUCCAGGACUCCAUCGGUCUCUUCCCCAACCCUGUUCCCAUGUCAUCUGAGAAUGUCGCAGCCAUUGCUCACCUCAGCACUCUCCCCCCUGAUCAACUCGCUCAGGUCAUCGUCGAUCUCCAGAACCAGCUUCGGCUCAGAGAGAACGACAUGAUGUCUGGCGAGGAGAUGGACAUUGACCAGCCCGAGCAGAUUGACGGUAUCCCCACUUUCGCCGACGCUGCUCUCUCCGGACUCAACAACAUCCAGAACAAUCAGGUCCAGUCCCAGGUUGAUCAGACCGCCAACAACUCUCGCCCUGACAUUCGAAGCUUCCCCCGGCCUGAUGGGACUCGUGCUUCCAAGGAUCGGUACCUGCUUGAUCGCCGAGCCGAUGGGUAUACAUAUAAGGAGAUCAAGGAAGCUGGCGGCUUCUCCGAAGCCGAGCCUACCCUUCGGGGUAGGUGGCGCACGCUUACCAAGGAUCCUCAGCAUCGCCUGCGAAGUCCCACUUGGAAAUACAACGACAUCGUGCUGCUUCGCAAAGUUACGUACGAUUGGUUCACCGCAAACAAGCUGACACCCGAGAGUGGUGUGCGACCUCCCUGGAAGAUUCUCGCUCAGCAGAUGUUCGACCGCGGUGCCAGCUACCACUUCGGCAGCGGUACUAUCUCCAAGAAGUUCGCCGACGUCUACGCCGCCGACCAGGAAGCCAGACGAAGGGGCAUCACCUUCGCUUGA